UGGAGAACAACAACAAAAAGAAUGAGUGCUCCUUUGGUAAACACUCCACAGGGUUUGUUAACCUUCAAUGAUGUGUCUUUGAACUUCUCACUGGAGGAAUGGGAAUGUCUCAAUUUUGGUCAACGGUCAUUGUACAUAGAUGUAAUGAUGGACAAUUUCAACAAUCUAUUGUUUUUGGAAAAUCAUCUCAUACAUGGAAGACAUCGGAAGGUCUUAGAUCAAGACACAGAGUGCAAUGUCCAUGAACAUGUGAAUAUGCAAGAGAAGUCUUAUAAAUGUAAUGAGCUCAGCAAAAUGAAUAAUGAAUCCACCCAAAGUAUACCUGAUAAAACUAACCACAGAGAUGCCUCACUUCAAUCCUCAAACCUGAAAAGACUUAAAAUUGGGAAAACCAGAGAAGUUUCCAAAUAUAAAGACUGUAUAAAGUACUUAAAUGAGUGCUCUAUAAAUAAUCUACAUCACGAAAUACACAUAGGGAAGAAAGAAAACAACAAUCCAGAUUUUCAUAAGGGUUUUGUAUCUAAACAUAAACUGAUGCUGAAACCAAACAAUAAUGGUAAGAAGCUUUACAAAUGUAGUCAAUGUGACAAAUGCUUUGCAUACAGAGGCAUUCUUAGAAUUCAUCAUAGAAUUCAUACAGGAGAGAAACCUUACAAAUGCAGUGAAUGUGACAAAUGCUUUACCCAAAAAGGCAGUCUGCAAUGUCAUCAGCGAAUUCAUACAGGAGAGAAACCUUACAAAUGCAGUGAAUGUGACAAAUGCUUUACUGGCAAAAGUAGUCUUAGAAUUCAUCAGAAAAUUCAUGCAGGUGAGAAACCUUACAAAUGCAGUGAAUGUGACAAAUGCUUUACCCAAAAAUGCAGUCUUGAUAGUCAUCAGCGAAUUCAUACUGGAGAGAAACCUUACAAAUGCAGUGAAUGUGACAAAUGCUUUACUGUCAAAAGUAGACUUAGAAUUCAUCAGAAAAUUCAUACAGGAGAGAAACCUUACAAAUGUAGUGAAUGUGACAAAUGCUUUACCCAAAAGUGCACUCUCCGUAGUCAUCAGAGAAUUCAUACAGGAGAGAAAUCUUACAAAUGCAGUGAAUGUGACAAAUGCUUUACCGGACAAUCCUAUCUUAGGAUUCAUCAGAGAAUUCAUACAGGAGAGAAACUUUACAAAUGCAGUGAAUGUGACAAAUGCUUUCCCGGACAAUCCUAUCUUAGGAUUCAUCAGAGAAUUCAUACAGGAGAGAAACCCUACAAAUGCAGUGAAUGUGACAAAUGCUUUACCGGGCAAUCCUAUCUUAGGAUUCAUCAGAGAAUUCAUACAGGAGAGAAACCUUACAAAUGCAGUGAAUGUGACAAAUGCUUUACCGGACAAUCCUAUCUUAGGAUUCAUCAGAGAAUUCAUACAGGAGAGAAACCUUACAAAUGCAGUGAAUGUGACAAAUGUUUUACCCAAAAAUGCAGUCUUGAUAUUCAUCAGCGAAUUCAUACUCGAGAGAAACCUUACAAAUGCAGUGAAUGUGACAAAUGCUUUACCCAAAAAUGCAGUCUUGAUAGUCAUCAGAGAAUUCAUACUCGAGAGAAACCUUACAAAUGCAGUGAAUGUGACAAAUGCUUUACUGUCAAAAGUAGUCUUAGAAUUCAUCAGAAAAUUCAUGCAGGAGAGAAACCUUACAAAUGCAGUGAAUGUGACAAAUGCUUUACCCAAAAAUGCACUCUCCGUAGUCAUCAGAGAAUUCAUACAGGAGAGAAAUCUUACAAAUGCAGUGAAUGUGACAAAUGCUUUACUGGACAAUCCUAUCUUAGGAUUCAUCAGAGAAUUCAUACAGGAGAGAAACCUUACAAAUGCAGUGAAUGUGACAAAUGCUUUACCGGACAAUCCUAUCUUAGGAUUCAUCAGAGAAUUCAUACAGGAGAGAAACCUUACAAAUGCAGUGAAUGUGACAAAUGCUUUAUCGGACAAUCCUAUCUUAGGAUUCAUCAGCGAAUUCAUACUCGAGAGAAACCUUACAAAUGCAGUGAAUGUGACAAAUGCUUUUCCCAAAAAUGCAGUCUUGAUAGUCAUCAGCGAAUUCAUACUGGAGAGAAACCUUACAAAUGCAGUGAAUGUGACAAAUGCUUUACUGUCAAAAGUAAUCUUAGAAUUCAUCAGAAAAUUCAUGCAGGAGAGAAACCUUACAAAUGCAGUGAAUGUGACAAUUGCUUUAUCGGACAAUCCUAUCUUAGGAUUCAUCAGAGAUUUCAUACAGGAGUGAAACCUUACAAAUGCAGUGAAUGUGACAAAUGCUUUACCGGACAAUCCUAUCUUAGGAUUCAUCAGAGAAUUCAUACAGGAGAGAAACCUUACAAAUGCAGUGAAUGUGACAAAUGCUUUAUCGGACAAUUCUAUCUUAGGAUUCAUCAGCGAAUUCAUACUCGAGAGAAACCUUACAAAUGCAGUGAAUGUGACAAAUGCUUUACCCAAAAAUGCAGUCUUGAUAGUCAUCAGCGAAUUCAUACUGGAGAGAAACCCUACAAAUGCAGUGAAUGUGACAAAUGCUUUACUGUCAAAAGUCAUCUUAGAAUUCAUCAGAAAAUUCAUACAGGAGAGAAACCUUACAAGUGCAGUGAAUGUGACAAAUGCUUUACCCAAAAAUGCACUCUCUGUAGUCAUCAGAGAAUUCAUACAGGAGAGAAACCUUACAAAUGCAGGGAAUGUGAUAAAUGCUUUACCUGA